CGCUCACUUUACCGUUGAAAAAUAUAAAUUUGGUGAGCACAAUCACCUCUUCUCUGACCACUUUCCCCAAAAACCGAUUUCCAGAUAAGUACGCUUCAUAUGCAAAAGCUCCCAAAACGAGGCUCUACCUCUCUGGACGUCAUUUGAUCAGAUCCUCACCCACUUGACAGAUUCUCAAAACUGUAUUGGAAUCCCAGAACAAAGGGGAUGGAAGACUCAUACUCUGUAUGUAGUCCCAGAAGAAUGAGUGUGUCAAAGAAGAGGAGGGCGGCAACAGUGUCUUUUGCAGAUCCAGAUGUUAAGGCUUCUGGCUUUCAUGGUCCCAAACCUGCUGAAGUUUAUGGCUUUGUAGGUUCCAUCACAACUGUUGUGGCUACAGUUAUAUUCUUGGUGUGGGCAUAUGUUCCAGAGUCUUGGCUACAUUCAAUCGGAAUCUUUUACUACCCCAGCAGGUACUGGGCAUUGGCAGUGCCAGCUUAUGCAAUGAUGACUGUUGUAUUAGCAUUAGUAUUUUACUGUGGCCUCAACUUCAUGUCCACCCCUCCCCCAUCUUCCUUAUAUACGGUAUAUGAUGAAUUUAGUAGAGAUCCUGUAAGCUCUGCUCGAAUUGCCAAUGAUGAUCAACCCAUUGAACCCAUAUCUGAUAUCAGUAUUGACAGAAUCAAUCGUUCCAUGUUUAAAUAACACAAAGCUCUUUCGGCAUGGCUGAUUUUUAUCCAACUGAACCUUUUUCCUCAAAGAAUGGCAUUGAGUCUUCAAAUUAAUUAAUAGUAGCAAAGAGAGCAAGAGGCAUUAUCAGAACGAGGGCAAGAAGCAUUAUCAGAGAUGUAAAGAGGGCUAGAAGCAUUAUCAGCAAUACAAAGAGGGGAAGCACUAACAGUAAUACAAGAGAUAGGGCAACAAACAUCAUUGGCAAUACAAAGACGGGAACACGCAUUAUCAGUAACGGGCUAUCUGAACCGCAAUUCAUUUGUAUGUAAGCUUGCAUCUUGCUGUGUUGAGAAGGCAUUAAUGAUCAUUGAUCACUAUAGGAGUUUUGACUCAUUCUUGAAGAUCCUAUUACAUUAAUUCUUCCCUCCCAGAGAACAUGAUAAUCUUUUUUUUUUUUUUUUUGAAAAGGAGAACAUGAUAAUCUUAAAAUGAGAGUUUCUGUAAAUCAGAGGUACAAUAUUUUGUUUAAUUGGUAUUUGUAGUGGACAGGUUGGAAAGC